CUUGUAACAAGUUUUCCGCUGAGCGAGCAACAGCCACAGAGAUGAAGCUGCAAACUCUAGAAGUACAAGACCUGCGCCAACUGCAGGCGCUCUACAGGCGGGACUGGCCCAAGUAUUGCCAGGAGUUCUAUAGUCUGAAGAACAUGAUCUCAUUCCUGAAGCUCGAUCCGAAGAUAAAGCAUCUGAAGGCCUACUCCCUGCCGGAUAAAACGGCACAGGAGCUGGGUCUCUAUCUAAUUGUGGAUCGCUAUCAAGUGCUUAUGGGUUGCCUGGGUGAAUCGUUCGAUUUGCUGAAACAGGCCUUGCAUCUGCUGGACUGGUCCAAGGGCAUUCAAUGCACCACUAUGCCUAAGCGAUACUUGGAACCUGUGCUACAAGUGGUCGAGGAGAAGCAGCUCGAAAUCGAACUUCAGUUCUGUAGUAUCCUGCACCACCUGCCAGCCAAACAGGCACUGCAGUUCGACAUAGACUGCCCAAAAGGCUUUUAUCUGAAAUCGUUGGCCGAGCAGGAUGCUCGCGUCAUUGAUCAGGAGUGGCCUUAUAGCCAGGAGGGUUCCUUGUACUUCAUACAGCGCCAGAUACGCAUGUGUCAAAGCAUGGGCCUCUAUGAGGAUGACACUCACAAUCUGGUGGCUUGGUGCAUCAGAACACAAGAUGGUCUCCUGGGCGCCUUGCAGGUGCGGGUAUCGCACAAACGACGCGGCUUCGGCAAUCUUAUAGUCCGGGCUCUUGCUCGCCGUAUUGCCGAGGCGGGGGAUGAUGUGAUCGCCGAAGUCAGCGUCACGAACACAGCCUCUCUACAUUUAUUCAAUAAGUUGGGCUUUCAAAAAAUCGAUUAUUGCAACUGGGUAAUAACUCUGCCUGUCGAUGGCAGCUUCACCUGGCCGAAAGGUGAAUGACACCU